UUUCUCUUUUAAUAUGAACACAAACAGUACAAUAACUAAGGGCAUAAACAGUGAUGACUUGCUUGCGACGCGUCUUGUAAGUGAGACGUGUAUGGACUUGUUUUUGAUUGAAAUGGUGGAUACCAUCUGCCGAACCAUAACAACAGAGACAGAUGGAGAUAGUGAUGCUGUCUUUUACAAACUGGAAACACUCGGAUUUGCAGUGGGACAGCGUCUUGUUGAGCGGUUUACUAGAGAUCGUCCUCGUUUUGUUGAUACUUUAGAUGUCGUUAAGUUUAUCUGUAAAGAUCUUUGGACAGUUAUGUUUAAAAAACAAAUUGAUAAUCUUAAAACAAAUCAUCGAGGUGUCUAUGUUUUGCAGGAUAAUGGGUUUCGAUGGUUUAUGCGUAUGUCCACCGAUGUAGGAGGAGCUGAUUCAGCAAAGAAAGCAAUGCCUUAUGUUUGGUUUCCCUGUGGUAUUAUUCGAGGUGCACUUUCAAGUUUGGGUGUUCCUACAGUCGUUGUUGCAGAAACCUCCAAUCUUCCUCAAUGCACUUUUCAAAUCAAGAUUGUCAAACAACAAUAAAUCUAUUUUUGAACUAAGGAAAAAGUUUAAUUCUCGUCUGAUUUUAACAACGUGUAAAAAUGUAACACACGUAAUUAACAUAGAAAACCAGUUUCUAUGUGUAUUCUAUGCCAGUUUUAUUGUCA